AUGGAUAGACUGCGGCAAAUACUCAGCAAAAAGAAUGCUUUGAAAAGGGCGGAGGGGCUGAACGCUAUUCUGGAGGGCGAAGAGUGCGAGGGCAUUGCGCUAGUCCCAGGCACUGCAAACUUUCAGAUUCCAGAGGUAUUUCUCUCCACAAAAAUACUGCCCGAGUGUGAAACAUAUUUUAUUCAGAAAAGAAAGCCAAUACAGGCCGAUGAAAUAGAAAGAUGGAACCAGGCUAUAGAUGAUGUAAUUGAUGGGCUCUCUGUGGAGUUUACAAUUUCCAGCUCGGUGCACAGCAAAGACGCCCCAAGCGAAAGAGAAGUAUCCGAUCGUAUAAAAAAAGUUUUGGGAUACACAAUAGAAGAGUAG